AUGGCAGCCUCAAUUGCAACCACAAAAGUUAGUGCUCAUUCUCGUUCCAUCAGCUUACCAUCCAGAUCUCAUCUCUUGACAGCCACUGUUGAGGAGCACUUGUGCAGAUUAAGGACCCCGGAAGGGACAUCCUCAUCGACAGUAUCCAAAUGCGACAAAUUAUCCGCUCUUCAAGACUUAUAUGAGUGUGUAGAAGAUUUGAUCCAAUCGCAAGCCGCACAGCAAGAUCGUUUGAGCUGCGGAGAAGAUAUUCUUUGCGGGUCCAUUAGGUUAUUGGAUCUUUGCAGCACCUCAAAAGAUGCUCUCUCGCAUAUGAGAGAUUCAGUUCAAGAUCUAGAAUCCUCUCUACGUAGAAGACAAACUGAUGUAUCAAGCAGAAUCGCAAGCUACCUGGUAUGUAAGAAAAAGGCAAACAGAAUGCUCUCCAAGUGCUUUGCUGGUUCUAAGAAGUCCAAAAUUAACAAAAGCAUCGAGACUCCUGCUAUCGUGAGCCUUCUAAGGGAAGUCGAAGAAGUCAGCAUCUCAGUUUUCGAGUCUAUCUUCUCAUCCAUCUGUCCUGCAAAGGAAGCAUCGACAAAAAGCACAUGGUCAAAGGUUUUCAAGUCAACACAGUCCAAGCGUGUACAUUGUGAAGAGGACACAGAAGAAAUUAUCAACCAAGUUCACAACAUGGAUAUGGCUUUAGAAGCUAUCAGCAAGAAAUCAAGCAAAAAAAGUGAUAUAACACAAACACAAGACGUUCAGAAAUGUCUGACGGCAUUGGACAUGAAUAUGCAAGAAUGUGAAGAACAAUUAGACUGUCUAGUCCGAUCAUUGAUCAAGACACGAGUAUUAAUUCUCAAUGUGCUCAACCACUAGUUCUUUCCCAACAGAACUGUAUAUUAGAUAGACUGUUACUGCAUCCCCGAAUUUUUGUGAGGGAUCAGUUUUU